AUGGCAUCACCCUUCAAGAGCAGGCGUCAGUCCAUGGCCAAACAACCAGCCUUGCCAAUGCCCAUGGCCUUGACCAUCCCAGAGAUUCUUGAAUGCAUCUUCUCAUUCCUCACCAACCGUCGUCGUCUAACCGUUGUCCAGUUCGUCUCCAAGCAGUGGCACGCCGUUUGCCGUCAUAUGGCCGACCCACCACCCACCGCCUGGGAUUUCUACCUCAUCGAACCACAAUACAACGUCUUCGUCGCCAGCCUCUCAACCUCGCGCAUCCUAAGCCUGUUCACCAAAAGAUCGCAUUUUCAGGACGUGACAGAGUGGAAAGAUGAACGCUGGAGGAAACUCCUUGGUAUUAUCGAUGGUCUCCAGGCCGAAGGCAAGAUCCAGUUGCGGGAAGUCCAUGUUGGCGACGAACUUGCCUCUGUCCACUUCCUGAAGCCGCUGUUGCCUGUCCUAGACCGCUGUUCUACUACUAUUUCGAUUCUGCGUCUGCAGCUGAAGGAACGACCUGACCGUUUCCUUCUGCAUCUCAUUCUCCGGGUGUGCCCCAAUCUCCAGGUCCUUGAAAUCAAUACCGAACAUCCCAUGUUGAUGCCGCUGAUAGGCGGGACUGUUGCAGCUUUGGAGGCCAAGGAAGCAGAGUCGCCCUUGGAGGCGUUACCUGUACAGAAUCGGCUCAAGACCUUGGAAAUUGACCACCUAAUAUUGACACCGGGCGCAGUGGAAACCGUCAUUGAUGCAUGCACCCCCCUCCGACAGCUCAGUAUCUGGCAGGCGUAUCCAGCCCAGUUCACCAAGGAGGACGGUACCCGAAUUAUCCGCCGAGUAGCUUCAUCCUGUCUCCUCUUGAAAACAUUUCACUUUUCGGUCCAAGGUUGGGGCUGGACCAACGCGGACAUGGCCAUGUUUCUCGACUACCAACCGCCUAGUCUUACUGGCUGGUCGUUCUCUGACAAGGACAUUGAGAUGAACCUGCCGUCCAUGGCGCUAUCUCCGUCGGUCCAGUCCAGGCCACCUCAGACCCCUUUAUGCAGGACGCUGCAAUCGACUGACUCUCUCUUGCUGACGAACCACCAUCAACGACUGACAUUACUCGAACUGAAACGUACUCCGCGGAACAAUGGUCGCGAUCGAGUCCCAGAUGUCCAGUGUGCAGGCGCUCUUCACCAGUUCCUGUGCAAUGCACCUUGUCUUCAACACCUCCUCGCCCCUAAUGUCGUCCUGGAGAUUGAAAACCUUGACAUCAACAACAUCCUUCAGCAAGAACGACUCAGUCAAAACAACAUCAAAUCAAAGCCUAAGAACACCCAGGAUACACUCCCACCACUUUGGGCUUGUCGCAGACUCAGGACUUUACAUGUCACCUUUGACCACGACCAAGGGAUCGUCUAUCAGGGAGUAGCCGCCGCCUCUGGCAAGGGCAAAGAUGUUUCAACUCUGGACAGUCUGAUCAUUUUUGGAUACCUGAGCAGGUGUUGCCCGGACCUGAGGGAUCUUCAGAUGCGGCGCUGGAGCACAACUGUGUCGAUGGAGGCUGGGUUCUGUUUGUUGUCACGACUGGGGCGACUCGAGAAGCUGAGUCUGACAGGACGACAUUUUGAUGGGUUUACCAAGCGGGAUCUGGGGUGGAUCUUGAAGGAGCCCCAAGGAUCGACAACAAAGUGGCUCCCGAGUUUGUCAAUGUUAUCGGUUGCUGCGCCUUCACAGCCACGGUCACCCGGUGGGAACCGAUUGACGGUUGGUGACGGCGAGGACCUGAAAUUGGGUCUGGUGGGUCGAGUCGAGGAUGUGCAUGAGUGGGAAAGGGAGGUUAAAGCACGCUGUGGAAGAGAGAGGUUGAGCAGUUGGCCAGGACUGGAGUAUUUGCAGCUGAAGUGGGUUGAUUCGCACGAAGGGGCUGUGAACAAGAUGCGGCAGGAGGUGGUUGGUCUCUGGAGGGAGCGGUGGCCGGCAGUUGAGAUUAUUGUUGAGAAGAUGCGGUUCUUUGAGUACUGA